CUUUCUCUCACUCGAUCUCUCCUGCUAUCCCUUUCCCCCUCUCUUUCCGUCUCUUUCCGUCUCUCUCACUUUCCUUCCUUCUCCUUCCCAGCCCAACCCACGAACAAAUUGGUGUGCGUAAAUGUAAAUUCAAUCUGUGUUAUCAGUCCCUUCACUGUGUUUCAGUUCCUGUUCGUUCCCAUGUCUAGUCUCUGUUCUUGCUCUUCUCCUUCGUUUCCAAGUUACAGUCUUAGUAGCCACCCACGCGCGGGCCCACUGAGCCGAGUUUCAUGCGGCCCGAGCCCCAAAAGGAAGAAAACCAGCCACAAUUCGGAAGCCCAAGAACUGGUUCGUUUGCUCACGCGCAAGAUAAGCGACAAAGAGCCUCUGGUGAAGACGCUGAACAAGUACGUGAAGGUGGUCCGAACCGAGCAUUGCUUUUUGCUCUUUGAAGAACUUGGCAAAGAAGACAAGUGGCUGCAAUGUCUUGAGGUUUUCAGAUGGAUGCAAAAACAACGAUGGUAUAUUGCUGAUAAUGGAAUUUACUCAAAGCUGAUAUCAGUUAUGGGAAAGAAAGGGCAAACCAGAAUGGCUAUGUGGCUUUUCUCUGAGAUGCGUAAUACUGGUUGUCGUCCUGAUACUUCUGUGUACAAUGCACUCAUCACAGCACACCUUCAUUCACGGGACAAAACAAAGGCUUUGGCCAAAGCCAUUGGCUACUUUCAGAAGAUGAAAGGAAUGGAGCGGUGCAAUCCCAACAUUGUUACAUACAACAUUCUUCUAAGAGCCUUUGCUCUGGCGAGGAAUGUGGAGCAGGUCAAUUCUUUGUUUAAGGAUCUUGAUGAGAGCAUUGUUUCGCCGGAUAUUUACACUUUCAAUGGGGUGAUGGAUGCGUAUGGGAAAAAUGGGAUGAUUCGUGAAAUGGAAGCGGUGCUUGCGCGAAUGAAAAGCAAUCAGUGUAAGCCUGAUUUGAUUACCUUUAACUUGCUGAUUGAUUCCUAUGGGAAGAAGCAGGAGUUUGGUAAGAUGGAGCAGGUGUUUAAGAGUUUGUUGCGCUCCAAGGAAAGACCCUCGCUGCCUACAUUUAAUUCAAUGAUUUUGAACUAUGGGAAGGCGCGGCUUAAGGAUAAAGCAGAAAAUAUUUUCAAGAAGAUGACUGACAUGGGUUACUCGCCGAGCUUUGUUACCCAUGAGAGUCUCAUCUAUAUGUAUGGCUUCUGUGAUUGUGUCUCCGGGGCUGUACAAUUGUUUGAUGAGCUGGUUGAGUCAAAAGUUCAUAUUAAAGUUUCAACUCUUAAUGCUAUGCUUGAUGUUUACUGCAUAAAUGGUUUACCACAGGAAGCAGAUUCACUGUUUGAGAGAGCGAAACACAUAAAAAUAUAUCCAGAUUCAUCAACAUAUAAACUUCUUUAUAAGGCUUACACUAAAGCCAACCAGAAGGAGCUUCUUGAUAAAUUGCUGAAGCAUAUGGAUAAAGAUGGUAUCAUCCCUAAUAAGAGAUUCUUCUUGGAUGCUUUGGGUGCUGUUGCAUCUAUACCAGCAAAUUCAGAAUCUGCUUAUGCUACAACUAAUUCAAACGCAUCAAACUCAGAAUCUGCUAAUGCUCCAACUAAUUCGAACCGAGUAACUUCAGAAUCUGCUGAUGCUUCAACUAAUUCAAAAACAGCUAAUUCAGAAUCUGCUGAUGCAGCCAAUGGCUCAAGCAACCCCCAAGAUUUUGCUAAGUUGGCAACUCACGUCAAGAAUUUUUUGACUCAUCUAUGACUUGCAUACAGGCAGCUAAGUUCACUUGUGAGAUAUUGUACUAUAUCUCUUUGCCAUCACUUCUCUAUCAUUCUAUUUUACAUCUUAUUGAUUCUUCUGAGGAGCAGAAUUUACUUUGGUCAUCAUAUGACAUCACUUGACUUUUUAUAAUUUUCAUAAUGAUGACAUUUACUUGAAAUUAAAUAAUUCACUUGACUGACCUUCAAAGUUCAAAUUCAGGUUUUUUAUUUGGGUUUUAGAUGAUAAGCUCUGAAAAUUUAUCCUUUAUCAUUAAUUUAAGCAAGUACCUUUAAUAAAUUAGGAAGUCACAACAACGAAACCUGGGGCAACUUUAGGCAUUUUAAAUCUGAUGCUGAAAAUUGAUAUCCGCAGGAGUUAGGACAAAAGAAACAAGAAUGAUAGAUGAUGUGUGCUUAGUUUCCUUAGCUGUAUAUAAAAUCGAUUUUAAUGAUUUGUUUUAAUCCUUAUCUUGUAAAGAAAUUUAUGAAAACAACAGAACAUAAUUUUAUUCUUAACUGUAUUUGUUUUUGGUUUCCUUAAGUUGUGUCUGUUCUCCUAAACAUGUUUUUUUUAAUUGUUUGUUCAUUUCAAGUUUGCCACUAAACCCAUUUUAAUGAAGUUUAAUCAACAGACAUAGAAAUAGAAGAUGCUAUUGCCUAGGCUUCACAUGUUUAUGUUAAAUACUCAACUAGUUUAUCUGAAUUUUCAACUGCUUUAUUUUACUGGUAAUGGUGCAGUACAACACUAAGAUGACAAUGACUGCCAAAAUUAUGCUUCUUUGUUAAUGCAUUUUAAAUUUGUAAUUGCCUGGAAAUUUCUUUUCUACCCCUUACAUUAGGAAGAAUUUGUUGUGGAUGCGUAAUCCACUGAAUUUCUGGUUCAGUGACCCGUUGGAAAGUACCAAGAGGUAUUCAUAUUUGAUUGUCAUCUACUGAAUUUCUGGUUCAGUGACAUGUAGGAAAGUACCAAGAGUUAUUCAUAUUUGAUUGUCAGCAACUUGCUGGGACAAAGCUUUUUAGUUUAUAUGUUCAGAGUCUCACGUUGAAUAGCAUAAGAAUCUUGACGUAGUACUCAAGUCAUUGAAAGAAAAAGUGAAAAGAAUGGAACGCAAGCUCAUGUCACUCAGGUUAUUGCUGAAUAUCUUCAAAACAUUGAUCCUAAAUCAGAUGGUGCAAAGAGGGAUUGGAUUGCUAUUUAUGAUGAGUGUGCCUCUGUUUUAUAUCAGGAGAUUGAUUACACCAAGGAAGCUGCUAAUGCAGAACUAUUUGCAAGUAACUUUAAGAACUUGGAUUAUGUGAAAGUCCCUACAAUCUUCUGGGAUUAUACUACUCCACAGAUUCUGACAAUGGAGUAUGUUCCAGGGAUUAAAAUAAAUAAAAUACAAGCUUUAGAUCAACUGGGUGUUGACCGCAAAAAGUUAAUAGCAUCCAAAUUUCUUCAAGCAAAGUUACUACUGGCAUCUUACCUUACACAUCUGUGCAUCUCAAUAACUGAUAAUGGCUACCUUAUCUUCUACAGGUUAGGACGAUAUGCUGUUGAGUCUUACUUGGAGCAGAUUUUAUCACACGGUUUCUUCCAUGCUGACCCCGUGCGUUCUUGUUUUGAGAAUUGCUGAAUCGUUUUUGUGUUGUCUCACUCUUUUGUCCUAUUUUGUUUCAAGUGUAAAUAAAGAGGAAGGAAAUGAAAUGAAAUAGGACCGAAUACCAAAUUGGACAAAUCUUAGAUAUAGUAGUACCUUAGGUACUCUCGAGGCUGUUCUCCAAAUAGAAUUGGAGUUUCACCUUGACAAUAUACAUAAUGUAUAUUAUCGAGGUCUACGUUAAAUAUAAGUGCAUAUUGUCGAGGUGAAACUCUAAUUUUAAUUAGAGAACACCACCAAUAAUACCUAUAAUACUAUAACUAAGUUUUGUCUUACCAAAUUUCCAAUGUUUGUUUAAGAGGAGACAUAUGAAGGAUGUUUAUUGGUUGGUUAAAAAAAAACCCCUCCCCCAGAUUGCCAUGAAAAUGGAGGGAAAUGUUUGUUUGAAUUUUUUUUUAAAAAUAUUUCUAUAGCAAAAAAUAAUAAAGGAUUUUAUGUCAAUAAAAAAAUAAUACAGUUAAAACUUUAUUUUUUAAUUUAAAUUUAACUUUUUUAGCUAAAGGUUUUUUAUACAAUUUAUUUAUUUUCACCCACACUUCCACUCUUUCAAACAAGUGAAGAGAAAUUUCUUCUUUACUUUCUUUCAUAUUUGUAUUCUUCCAAACAACACAUCUUUUCUACUCUACCCUCUCUUUCUCUUUUGAUUCCAUCCAUUGUAUAUCUGUCCUUAUUGCUUUCCUCUCUAUUUCACUUCUAAUCCAAACACAACAUUAGUGUUUCUUUUGGAUUGUCUAGCUGGUAAAUAAUAUUGUGUAGCCGACAUGUUAUGUUUUC